UCAACAUACAAGUACCGUGCAGGUAGCUAGCUCUGCUGCCACGAUCAGUCAUUACUACGGUACUUGACGAGCCCCGAGCGCCUGGGACAAAAUGUUCAGUCUCAAACAAAAUGGCGCCAAACCUAGGCCACCGUAGUGAGCUGGAACGCGUGGUCGCAGCAAAAACAGACAAUAAGCAACAGUCAAUCGUCAGGUACCGUACGCUGUACUCCUUCCCGGGGCAGAGACCUUGCAGUUGGCUAAUGAUAAAAACGUUCCGACACCACACCGGCCUGUAACACUACCAGUAGCUAGCUAGCUAGAGCCACCAUAGCUCACUUCAUCCUUUCUCGUGCUCGGGCUGGGUGAGGUGCCAGUUCAUAGUUUUGAUUGCAGAACAGAAAGGAACUUGACAGCUAGCAAUAACCAAGCACCUCCGUCUUCAUCCCAACGCACUUUGAAAAUUGGGAUAGAACGAGCAGCGGAAGGAGCACCCUCGAAGGUUGAUGGUCGGCCUAAGUAAAAUUUAAUUUUUUGCCCCUCUAAUUCUUUGAGUUCAAUCCGCUGGCUUGUGCGCAACGCCCAUGUUUCGUUCCUGAAGGCGGCUUUGUUGACGGCGCUGGCAACACUUUUCGAUACUUUGCUGCAUUCCGGCACAAUGUUGUGAAUGUUCAGGUACCAUUGGAAGGAUCAUCAUUGGUACAAGAAGUUUUGGUUAUUGUUGUUUAUUGGGAGAAAGGAGUAAUAAGGAAGAUAUUUGAUAAUCUGGAAAGCUAAUAUAUUAUAAAAUAUGGAAGGGUAUCAAAUGAAUGGCGGCGGCAAUCACAAUUACAGCCAAGUGGGCAAUGGCGGAAGCGGCAUUCGAUCUCGCCAUGCUUCUGGAGACGGCGACGACGAUGGCUACAACGGCACCAAGGGUGUAGGGUACACUACCCCCUUUUAUCUCGCCAAUCAGGCACCCACCAGUCUUCGUGGAGAUGGCUACGGUGGAGGAGGUGUGUUGAAGUAUUCUCCCUUGGCACCCAACAAGGAUAAUGGCAUUCAAUCGCACAACUACGAACCCGACGAAAGUGAAGUCUGGAGAGCCUACGUAGCACAGGUACACUUUAGCAACCGUGGCCAUUGGUGGACUACAGGAAAGAAACGUGCUUUGAAGCGAUGGGUAUUGACCUUUGUGAUUGGUGUCAUUCAAGCCGUCGUGGCUACCCUUUGUAAUCUCGCCUCCAAGAAACUCACCGAGCGAAAAUUUGACCAUGUCUACGACCUGCUCAGUGAGUCGGUUCAUCACAGCAGUAUCAGCAGUGAAGCCGGUGGUGUUUCUGGCGCUGCCGAUGAUCUAUUCCAGACCGACGAUGCUGCCAAGGGUGGCACCGACAGCGAGGCAGGGGGCUCGCAUUCUUGGUUUGGAGGCAGUUCGGCCUUUGUCAUGUUUGUAUUCUACCAGACUAUCUACGCUGCCAUUGCCUCCCUCUUUGUCAUGUGGGAACCAGUCAGUGCCGGAUCAGGUAUCCCCGAAAUCAAGUGCUUCUUGAAUGGAAUUGAUUUGCCACGCUUUGUCCGUGUCAAGACUCUGUUUUGCAAGGCGGUGGGUGUUGCCUUUAGUGUAGCGGCGGGUUUGCCCGUGGGAAAGGAAGGACCCAUGGUGCACAGUGGUGCCGUCGUGGCCGCUGGAAUCUCGCAGGGAAAGACCAAGUUCUGGGGAGUCGACACGAGCUUUUCCAAGUUUUCGGAUUUCCGCAAUGAUCGAGAAAAGCGUGAUUUUGUGGCAUGUGGUGCUGCCGCGGGUGUAGCCUCGGCCUUUGGAGCUCCCAUUGGAGGUGUGCUCUUCUCACUUGAAGAAGGAGCGUCGUAUUGGAGUACCAAAUUGACUUGGCGUGCCUUUUUCUGUGCUAUGACGACCAUUUCCACCCUGUUUGCCAUUCGCAAUGUGGACUCGUGGUGGGGACAAGCCAAUGUCGAAAAACUCUUUUCGUUUGGAGAAUUCAACAGUUUGAGUGGUGAUGCAUCCAACUUUUCCAUUUGGGAGCUCACUUUCUUCGUUAUUAUUGGAUGCCUUGGAGGUUUAAUUGGAGCUGUCUUCAACGCAGCCAAUGAGCACUUGACCAUUUGGCGCAUGAAACGUAUCAACUUUUCCCCAACAAGACGAUUCCUCGAGGUUAUUGUGAUCAGUGUCAUCGUCUCCACGGUGUCCUUUGUCAUGCCCCUGCUCUGGAAUCGAUGCACACAAUUGCCUACCGAUAUUCAAGACUGGAGUAAUCAGGAGAAGAAUCUCGUUGAAGCGCUUGUCCCCUUCCGCUGCCAACCUGGCAAGGAGUACAACGAAGUCGCCAGUUUGAUUUUCACCGAGGCGGAUGUGGCCAUCAAGCAGCUGUUCCACUUUCGCGAAGUCGGCGUGGACGAUACCAGUACAUUCUCUUCUGGUGCGCUGUUCUUCUUCUUCAUUCCCUACAUCACCUUGGCUACUCUUGUGUAUGGAAUUGCCGUGCCCAGUGGUUUGUUUGUCCCGUCAUUGCUUUCCGGUGCCGCCUUUGGACGUCUCUGUGGCCACCUUUUGCACAAGCUGGACCAUACCAAUGGAACCUUUGCGGACUCUGGUACGUAUGCUUUGAUGGGGGCUGCCGCUGUCCUCGGAGGAAUGGCGAGAAUGACCAUUUCCUUGACGGUUAUCCUGCUCGAGGCUACUGGCGACAUGCAGUAUGUCUUGCCAUUGAUGUUGACCCUCAUGUCAGCGCGAUUCACGGGCAAUGUCUUCAACGAGGGUCUGUAUGAUAUCCACAUUCACUUGAAGAACAUUCCGUUUUUGGAACCGGAAGUUCCACCCAUUGCCGAACGAAAUGAGAUUGUGGCUGGACAAGUCAUGUCCACUGAGGUCAAGUGCUUGCGCCCCGUGGAACGCGCAGGAGUCGUUUAUGAUCUUCUCAGGAGCUGCUCUCACGGAACCUUCCCGAUUGUGGACACGGAGAGUGGUGGCACUUUGUAUGGAACGGCCAGCCGAUCGAUGCUGUGUACACUUUUGCAGAGGAGGGCCUUUGGAUCACCUGAUGUGCUCAACGACGAAGUUGCGUCUCAUGAAGGUGUUUGUGAAAGCUUGGGACCCAGACGACUGAGUCCUCUUGUACAGUGGGAUACAAUCGAGAGAGCUUAUCCUCGCUACCCCACCAUUGGAGAUGUCGAGAUGAGAGAUGGUGAUCGCAAUUGCUGGUUGGACUUGCGUCCUUACGCGAACACCGCACCCUACACGGUGAACGAAACUGCGUCGAUUCAGAGGACCUACCGUCUCUUCCGUACUUUGGGAUUACGAUUUCUCUGCGUUGUCAACCACAACAACCAAGUUGUGGGUAUCAUCACCAGGAAGGACUUGCUUCCAGAGAGCUUGACCCACUCUUUGCUUCGGGGAAGGAACGCCCAUGCCAACGACGAAGUCACCAAUUUUCUCUAGCUAGAUGUCUUAGGAUCAGUGUUUAUACUUUAUAAGAAAAGAUACUUAGUGUAAUGCAACGUGGUUGCUUCGCGAGCUUGCAAUAUGGAGAGAAACUGGUUCCCGACAAACCAAGCAGCUGUAGGCUGCCCUCUCCUCCCUUUAGU